GUCACAACAUUGUUGAUCUCAAACGGGAUAAAAUCUUCAUCAUCACUACUGUCAUCAUCUGCUUUGGACGUGACUCUCCUCCUUUUUCUCCGGUUUACUACAUUUUUCUAUCUCCCUGAUGCUUUUGGUAUCAUAUCAUUCUUUCUCAUAACUUUUUUUCUGCUUCUUAUUCUUCAGCUCUUCCAACUCAUCAUCGUCUUCAAAAUCACCCAAACUCUCUCCUGAUGUAUCACAAACUAAAGAAAAAGUUUCAUCCUCUGAACAAUCAAACAGCUCAUUUUCAUUGACCUUAUAAGCCUCAUCUCAUUGUUCAUUAUGAUCUUUAUAACAUGAUCCUUUCCUCUUUGCCAUCUUCAUACACAGUCCAAUAAAAUCUAAAAGCCACUUCUUGAUUGAGGUGAGGUCAUAGCUUUAUGAUCAAGUCAAAUGUGUAGAACCAAUCAUCCUUCGAGAGAACGAUAAACAAUUGAGCAGAAUCCGACCAGAUGAUUUACAACUCUGAUUUAGAAAAUCUGGCACACAAAAAAAGGAACUCAUGAUGAUAGUUAUAAUAAACACCUUACGGUUACGCAAAAAAGGAACUCAUGAUGAUGUAAAACACACACAAUUCAUGGCAGGGCCAGGGGAGCACUUCUCAAAAGAAGCAUACCUUGCCGGAAGCAUUUCUCUAAAGAAGCAUACCUUGCCGGAAACCUUGCCAGAAGCAAAGAAGCAUCGUUGUUGCCGGAAUCUGUAUCCAUCAAAAUCGUCUCGCUUUGCUUCUAUAGCUCAUAGAAAUAGGCGUCGGCCUUAUCUAAGACACAGAUAGAAAUAAUAAAAUUGUAUGGUGAUAUCGUGGUGUCAAGAGAUUGUGCGUCUGGUGCAUAUGCCAAUUGCCCACUGACACUAUGCUAAGUUUUCCCGCUUGAGAAUUCCUGUUACAUUAUCGGUCUAUUGGAUGACAUCAAGCUCCAAGUAUGGGUUUAUAACACGACCUUCGAUUAAAAUAGGAUGUAAAACAGUUUAGUUCUUUCUCAAAUCUUUGAAGACCCUAAACAUGAAUCAAACUCUCAAAUAUUAUAUUAAGGGAUGUCUAUGAAUCAUUCUACAAUUCUAGCGUGGUACCACUCAGCGGUUUCGCUGAGCGUGUAGUUUGUAUUUUUCGUUGACUACAUGUAGGUAACAAGAAGACAAUGAUGGAACCUUUCCCGGAGGGCAUUGAGUCAGAGGAGAUGCAAGGAUGGCAGGCAAAUGUUGAUCAUUAGAUUUUUAAAUGUGUCAUGAUUUGAUUAUUAUUUUACUUCCGCAUUACUCUGAAAAUAUUUUUUUAAAUGGGUCGCGAUCCAGAGUCUGUAAAUUUAAUAUUUAUAAGUAAUUGUCAUUUUCAAAUGUCAAGCGAAAUUUUUAUUUAACUCUCGUUUCACCUUAAUUCGUGUAAUUCCGGGUUAUACGGAUUG